AUGGCGGAAAAAACAGACAUCGAGGCUAUCCUCAAAAGCCUCACCCUGGAGGAAAAGAUCAGACUCCUCGCAGGCCGCAACUUUGUCGAAACAGGCGACGUCCCCUCCAAGAACGUCCCCGCCAUCAAGACCACAGACGGCCCCAACGGCACCCGCGGCGCCGCCAUCGACGGCAGCACAAAGGCCGCCUGCUUCCCGGCCGCGUGCAGCAUCGCCGCCACCUUCGACCGCGCCAUCGCCCGCGACGUCGGCCGCGCCCUCGCCCAGGAGUCCAAGGCCAAGGGGGCUCGAUGCCUCCUCGCCCCCACCGUCUGCAUCCACCGCCACCCGCUCGGCGGCCGCAACUUCGAGAGCUACAGCGAGGACCCCUUCCUCGCCGGCAAGCUGGCCUCGGAGAUGAUCCAGGGGUGUCAGAGUCUCGGGGUCUCGGCGACGAUCAAGCACUUCGUGGCCAACGAGCAGGAGACGGCGCGGACGACGGUCGACGAGACGAUCUCGGAGCGCGCGCUGAGGGAGAUUUAUCUCAAGCCGUUCGAGAUCGCGGUCAAGGAGGCCAAGCCGUGGGCUAUCAUGUCCGCGUAUAACCUCGUUAACGGCACGCACUGCGACUCGAACGAGUGGUUGCUGAAGGAGGUUUUGAGGGGAGAAUGGGGGUGGCAGGGCCUGGUGAUGAGUGACUGGGGCGGAACCAACUCCGUCGCCGCGGGAAUCAAGGCGGGACUCGAUAUCGAGAUGCCCGGCCCGCCGAGGAUACGCAAGCCCGCUGCCGUUCUGGAGGCUGUGAAGAACGGGGAGGUGACGGAAGAUGUUAUUGAUGAGAGGGUGCGCACGAUUCUGGAGUGGACCGAGCAGUUGAACGGGUUCAAGGAUCCGACCAUCACCGUCGAGAAGGCCAUCGACCGCCCCGAACACCGCGCCCUGAUCCGCGACGCCGGCGCCAGGGGUAUCGUGCUCCUCAAGAACGAGGGCGGCAUCCUCCCCCUGACGAAGGAGAAGGUGAAGGGCAAGAAGAUCGCGCUCAUCGGGUACGCGAAAGAUGGCCUCGCACACGGCGGCGGCAGCGCGAGCGUCAACGCGCAUUACCGCCUCCCGCCGUGGGACGCCCUACACGCCGCCUUCGGCUCGGACGUCGAGUUCACCUACGCAAAGGGCGCGCACAAGGAACGUCUCCUACCGCCGAUCGCCCCCGACGGCAGGGUCGGCACCAUCGUCGGCCUCGACGGGCGGCCCGGCUUCAGCCGGCUGUUCUACGACUUCCACGGCGCGGAGGGCGCCGAGCCCGUCUCGGUGCUGCACGGGUACCCGAACUCGGCCUACUCGCCGCUGGGCUCGCAGGAGUCGAUGUGGAAGACGCUCGACGUCGUGGGCGACUUCACGCCGUCCGAGACGGGCACGCACUACAUCGCGUGCUCGGGCAUCGGGCCGACGCAGGUCUGGGUGGACGACGAGGUCGUGUUCGAGCAGAGGGGCAACUGCGCGGACCCCAUGGGCGCGCUGUUCCUCGCGGCCAACGAGCCCGAGAUCAAGCACGCCUUCGAGGCGGGCAAGACGUACCGCCUCCGCGUGCACAGCGAGCCGCCGAGCAAGAUCGGGUUGGAGAUCCUCGAGGGCCGGACGGGCGUGAGGAUGGGCUUCGCGUUGGAGUCCGACCACGACGCGGACCUGCAGGGCGAGGCGGCGAGGGUGGCUGCGGACGCGGACCUGGCGAUCGUGUUCACGGGACACGAUCCGCAGUGGGAGACGGAGGGGAGAGACCAGGAGUCGUUCCAUCUGCCCUGCGACCAGGACGGUCUCAUCGAGGUUGUGGCCCGGGCGAACAAGAACACCAUCGUGGUCAACUCGACGGGCGUCGCGGUGGCGAUGCCGUGGCUAGAUAAGAUCUCGGCGCUGGCGCAGUCGUGGUUUCCGGGGCAGGAGUGCGGCAACGCCAUUGCGGACGUGCUCACCGGCGCCGUGAAUCCCGAGGGCAAGCUCCCGGUCAGCUUCCCGGCGCAGUUGGAGGACGCUCCGGCGCACGGGAACUUCCCGGGAGAGCGCGUCGACGGGCAGUUGAGGGUCACGUACGAGGAGGGCGUGUUUGUGGGGUAUAGGCACUACGACCGGGUCGACAAGUCCAAGGUCAACUUUCCCUUCGGAUACGGUUUGUCUUACACGAGUUUCUCGUUCACCGGCUUCAACGUGACCAAGAAGAGCGCGGAUGAGUUUGAGGUCGUUCUCGAAGUCACAAACACCGGGGACCGCGCGGGCGGUGCGGUCGUGCAGGUUUACGCCGGCAAGGCGGCGCCGUCAUCGGACUCGCCCCGGAAGGUCCUCGUGGCAUUCGACAAGGUCCGCCUUGCUCCCGGCGAGAAGAAGACCGUCCAGCUCUCGGUGUUGGCGAAGGACUUUGCAUCGUUUGAUGAGGCGGCGCGGGAGUGGGUUGUCGAAGCUGGCGAGUACAACUUCGUGCUCGGCGAAUCCGCGGCGGAGCCGGUGGCGACGGUCCCGGUCGGCGUGGAGCGGGUCACGUACCGCCGGUGA